CUUCAAUGUGGACAUAAUAAUAAAAAACGUUUUUUUUCCCUUUUCUAGGCUCAGAUUUCACCACUCUUUCCAGUCCAGUCUACUAGCGAGGGCUCCCCAGUUUCCUGAACAGCGGCUGGUGAUCAAGCCUAUUCCGUUUUAAGUGGUAUCUUUUAGGGAUCAAAUAAAGCCCUAGCCACGCUCAAAUUGGUUUCCUUUAGGGGGUUAAUUCAAUUUUUCCCACGAGCAUCCCCGACCUUUUCCUAUAGGAGUCCCCCCGGAGCCAGUGGUUCAUACUGAAGAGCCGUCAAUUUCUCCCGUGGCAAAUACAUUUGGAUUUAUUGUGGUACAUGUAUAAACCUUAAUUGUUUCCUCACUGACUAUAUAGUCUCUCGAUCAAAUGCAAAACUAAAUAGUCUUCCUAAAGUGUAUUUUCAUUCAAAUUGCCCAUUUGAUCGAAAGGAAACAAAGUAAGACUUUCAAAGCAUUUAAAAGUUCGCGUACCUUGUUUGUGAAUUCAGUCACAGUGAGAUCUCUACUCGUCCUCUUUUGCUGGACGACAUUUUCACAACUUUUUUUUCUCGUUUCCUAGUGAAUUGAAGUAGAGAAGUUGAACACAAGCUUUUACGGUCGAGCGAAAACACUAAUUUAUUAUAUACUUUUGAUUUCCGGAUUUUAAAAUUCCGUAAUGUCGCUAAGUCUGCUAGCCACAGUUUCAGAGAUAACGAUCCUCUGUUUCAUUUGUUUAGCGGUUCUGAUCGGUAACUUGAGCUUAUACAUCAUCGUUUACAAGAACAAAGAUCUUCAAACAAUCACCAACUUGUACAUUCUAAACCUGGCCGCGGCAGACAUCAUGGUGUCAGUUCUAAGCAUUCCGUUCACUGUAGUGACGGUCAUUACAGGACGCUGGCUGUUCGGUGACACAGUUUGUGUGGCGCUUGGCCUUUUCACGACUUUAUCCUUCAUUGCAUCUGUGAUGUCUCUUGGUAUGAUCGCCAUCAACCGAUAUUUUUACAUCGUCAAGUGGAACACUUACAAAAAGACUUUCUCGAAGAAGAAAAGUUUGCUCUACGCUGCUGCAGUGUGGGUAGUGUCGGUAUCUUUGGCUUCUCCCCCGCUUUUCGGCUGGGCAGAAUACCGCUUCAUUCCUGGAAAAUCCUACUGUUUCGUUUACUGGCCUUCAAAUGCGUACUUUAUGUACUUCAUGAUCACAGUCUGCUUUUUCGGGCCUCUUUCCGUGAUGGCUUUUUCGUAUUACAACAUUUUGACGUUUACAAAGACUUUGAAAAGGCGAAUUGCAGUUUCAAGGAAUAACCUCACACCACCGCCUCAACAAAAACAGCCUGAUCCUGCUGACAGAACCUGUCUCCAUGAGAUUACAGUAGUAAAGGAAACUCAAACCAGACACAAUCCAGAGAGUGAGCUACACUUAAACAUGGCGGAGAGACCACAUAUCAACGGACAAAGCCAUUGCAAACUGGAUUUGAAAUCGAAAUCCGACGUGUUUCAGCUAACACCGGAAGAAACUAAGAUGACAAACACAAUUCUUCUCGUAGUGGCGCUGUUUGUCAUUUGUUGGGCUCCAUUUGCUAUAACCAUGUUUUUUGAUGUGUAUUAUCCCAGGCCCUUACCUCGCGCCGUCGAUAUCGUAUCAUUGCUUCUUAGCUAUCUUAACAGUAUGUGCAAUCCUAUUCUGUAUGGAUUGCGUAAUUCAGCUUUCAAACAAGGAUUUCUAGAUCUGUACUCGAGAUUUCUACCCGAACGGUACCGACCUACUCAUGUAACACUUCUAGAAGUGAACGCAAAUGCGUCUUAGUGACGUGGGAGCUGCAAAUGUCGCGAUGAUUAAUCCAUCAUGGGUCUUAGAAUUCUAAAAAAAUUAAAAAUUAAAUGAAACUUAAUUGGAAUGUAACAUUUUGCUCUUAAGUUUCUGGUUAGUAAACGGUUUGAACCCAGGAGUAUCAGUAGUUCGUAUAGUGUGAUCGUCCGGGUGAGAGUAGCUCUGAAAAGAAC